AUGUCUAUGCUAGAGUAUCUACAGAAGAACUAUCUUAACCCUCAUCCCAAAGUGAAGAAAAAACGCAAGUCAGCCAAAGUUUCAGAUGACAAAAUAAAAAUUAUAGAUUACAGUGACAAAGGUUGGAGUCUUAAUGCUGACGAUGAAGAGGAUGUUGAAGAUGUCCAACUAGAUGAACUUCCAGCUGUUGCAGAAGUUGUCGACGAACGUCCGCCUGAACAGAUUGAAAUUGACAAAUAUAAAAGCAGUACCAAUUGGAAACCUUUAGGAUAUAAACACGACAAAGAUUAUUUGCCAAGGAAGCGAAGUUUCAAAGAUAGAAAAAAUCCUGAAUUCCUUGAAGAAUUAUCAGAUUGUAAACACCGUGCAAGAGAAAGGAGUCGACCUGAUUCUAAUAAUUCGUUGUCUUAUGACCUUUUGCUGCCGAGAAAACGCCUUGAUUCUAGUGAUGUUUCACCAACACGAAAACAUCAUGAUUCUCGUGACGUUUCACCACCUAGAAAACGUCAUGAUUCUAGUGAUGUUUCACUACCAAGAAAACGCCAUGAUUCAAGUGACGUUUCACCACCUAGAAAACGUCAUGAUUCUGGUGACGUUUCACCGCCAAGAAAACGUCUUGGUUCUAGUGAUGCUUCGCCACCAAGGAAACGUGAUAAUUCUAGUAAUGUUUCACCACCAAGAAAACGUCAUGAUUCUAGUGACGUUUCACUGCCAAGAAAACGCCUUGAUUCAAGUGAUGCUUCACCACCAAGAAAACGCCAUGAUUCUAGUGAUGUUUCUCCCCCUAGAAGAAAGAAUUCACAAGCUCGUGAAACUAUUGAUAAGACACUUAUUUCAAAAGAACCUAAAAGUGAAACUAAUGAAACCAUAUACCGAGAUCGUGCCACUGGCAAGAAAAGAGAGGUUAACAGAGACUUGGAAGCCAAACAGAAAUUGAUUCAAGACAAAGUACAGAAAUGGAAAGCUGGAGCGGCACAGUCUAAACGACAGCAAGUCGCGGCUGAAGAAGCCGUCCAUGAAAUGUCGAAAGGUUUCACGAGACUAGAGGGUGACGAAGAUCUUGAAAAAUACUUGAAAGACAAAACGCGCGAGGACGAUCCAAUGGCAGAAUAUAUUAGCAAGAAAAGUAGAAAAAAAGAUAAACGAAUUGAAUAUCCCAAGUUUAAAGGUGCUUGGCCUGCAAAUCGAUUUAAUAUCCCACCGGGUUAUAGAUGGGAUGGAGUGGAUAGGUCAAAUGGCUUCGAGAAAAAGUACUUUGACAGUGUCAACAGCAAGAAAGCGGUCGCGGAAAUAGCUCAUAAAUGGUCCGUUGAAGAAAUGUGAGAAAAGGUUCGCGUAUGGACAAUAGGUUGAGGAAGAAAUCAAAUUCUGCUCAAGACUUCGUUUCAUGUUAAUUGGCCUGAUAUAGAACGAAGCUAAAAUCAGCUAAGACGCCAUGCCACGCAAAGCAGGGCAAAAUUUCUUCAGCCAGACAAGUCAGAACUCAGCGUUUUAGAUGGUUUAUUUUUGAUCAGUUAUCUAUAUGAUAAUUCUCUCUAAAAUUCAAGUGAGCGAGACAUUUCGAGCCAAGUUUACAUGUUUAUGAAUUUUCUCAAUAUGUACAUAUUUUUAGCUUCAGCAUAUGUUUACAAAGCUAUGCUGUGCAAAUAGAAGCUCUUCUACUAACUGGCUGAUUUUCAUACUUUUCCGCUUCAGGUUCUGCCGGCAAUCUAUUCAUGAUAUUGGCAUUAGAUCGCAGCGGAAACCAUAUAAGUUUCUCCCUUUCCUCUAUCGUCAACAUACAUCUCGACAAGUGUCGCCAAGAUUCUCUCAGUCUG